CGCCGUGUGAGCGCCCGGCCUGUCCGCCCGGCACCCCCUCCCCCGACCCAGGUGGGACGGGAGGGGGGCGCCGGGGGGGAGGCCAUGCGGGGCCAGGGCCGCAAGGAGAGUUUGUCCGAUUCCCGAGACCUGGACGGCUCCUAUGACCAGCUGACAGGCCACCCUCCAGGGCCCACUAAAAAAGCGCUGAAGCAGCGGUUCCUCAAGCUGCUGCCGUGCUGCGGGCCCCAAGCUCUGCCCUCAGUCAGUGAAAUUGCCCGGGUCUUCCGCUUUCUCGGUGACAGUUCGCUCCCUUCAGCAUUAGCCGCCCCAGCCUCCCUCCACCCCUACAGACCCCGCCCGCUGGACCCAGACAGUGUGGAGGAUGAGUUUGAACUGUCCACCGUGUGCCACCGUCCCGAGGGUCUGGAGCAGCUGCAGGAGCAAACCAAGUUCACACGCAAGGAACUGCAGGUUCUGUACCGGGGCUUCAAGAACGAAUGUCCUAGCGGAAUUGUCAACGAGGAGAACUUCAAGCAGAUUUACUCCCAGUUCUUUCCUCAAGGAGACUCCAGUACCUAUGCCACUUUCCUCUUCAAUGCCUUUGACACCAAUCAUGAUGGCUCAGUCAGUUUUGAGGACUUCGUGGCUGGUUUGUCGGUGAUUCUUCGGGGAACCAUAGAUGACAGGCUAAACUGGGCCUUCAACUUGUAUGACCUCAACAAAGAUGGUUGCAUCACCAAGGAGGAAAUGCUGGAUAUCAUGAAGUCCAUCUAUGACAUGAUGGGCAAGUACACAUAUCCUGCACUACGGGAAGAGGCCCCCAGGGAACAUGUGGAGAGCUUCUUUCAGAAGAUGGAUAGGAACAAGGAUGGUGUGGUGACCAUCGAGGAGUUCAUUGAGUCUUGUCAAAAGGAUGAGAACAUCAUGAGGUCCAUGCAGCUCUUUGACAAUGUCAUCUAGUUUCUCAGGGGAGAGGGUCAGAGUGCCCUGGGUGGACCAUGCUCUAGACCUUGUCCAGGUGGACUUCACCCUUCUCUUCCCAGGUCUGUCCCCACCUUAGCUCUAGGGAAUCAAGAGCCUGAGGAUACUGUGCCCAGAUCACGGAACGGGGGAGGGGGGCUGGGGAUUAGGGGACAGGGAGUGGGCAGAGUACAUCUGGUGGUGCCCUUUAGGAAGUGAGUGGUUCUCCCAGCUCCCACCCUUACUGUAGAAACCACCCCCGACACUAGACAGAAUGUCUCCUGCUAUGGUGCUCUCACCCCCUACUCCCACCCCACCCCCUACCCCCUAAACAUUUGCCCUAAGACUAUCCUUCUCAGAGAGGAUGUUGAGCCCUUGGUGUAGGCUGGCCUUUCAGACUAGCCUCUGAAAGUCCUGUGGGAAGGGGACAAGAGUGUAGCGGAAGGAGUCUUGGGCCUGGACCAGAGGCUAGCUCUAGGAAGUAGCAGGGGUAGAGGGUAGAAAGGCCUGGCUUGAUGGUCAGUGGGGGGCUCAGGCAGGCCAGACCAUAGCCAUCAGAAUAUGAAUAUGAAUCACCAGGCUCUUCAGAAGACCCUGUCUCCUUGGAGUUGCUCAAGAAAAUGUCCAGGUCCUCUUCAGUAUUGGGCAGCCUGAGUGUUUGGCUCCUUUCUGGAAUUCCUUUCUCUCCCUCCUUCCUGUUUGUGGUGGUGGCUGCAGAGGAACUGGGAUGGGGAGAUGUCCUCACUGAUGCCUGCUAGAGUGUCAGCCCACCCCGCUGCUCAUCACCCAUUUCAGUUGCUUUGGAUUUUCAUUUGCCAUGUCCUCUAAAUUUGGUGACAUGGAGCAGGUCAGGGACCUUCCUUCCUGCACUUGGGAUUCCACGAUGUUCCCAGUGAAUGCCUUAGAAGGAAAGGGGAGGAGAGAGCCAGGCAUGGCAUCUGAGCCCAGGUGUGGAGGGCAUUCAUCAGAAUCUGUUCAACCCAGGCUCCUUUGCAAAUCCCUACCUGGCCUCUUCAGUGCCCACCUCGGGUUUCCUUUAGAAUUCUCUCCUCAAUCUGCCCAGAGAUGUUCCUGUGCAUACAAGAGGGUGGGAACCAUACCACCAAGUUCUCAUCUCAUCGUGAGCACCCGUAAUGUACCUGCUUGUCCCAUUCAGUCAUACUCCCAGGGUCUGAGAGAGAGAACACUUUUCCCCCAUAAAACAUUAUUGACUGCUUUGCAUUUUUUUUGGCUCUUCUGUAUAUUUUGUAAAGUAAGACAUACACCAGAUCCAAUAAAACACAAAGGCUAUGCACAA